AACAGUUUAAUUUGCUUACAAUGAAAACUAUUAUGUUUUUAGCUAUUAUUGUCUGUGUUGUUGGCAUUCAAUUAGUUUCUUGUAAUUUUAGCGAAAAAGAUUUAAAAAACAUGAAACUAAUAACGUGUGGUGAAUGUAAAGAUGCCAAAGUGAAAGAGGAUUUGGAUAAUUAUGAUAAAUGUGUUAUAACAGCGUUGCCAGAUGAAGUUAAAAAAGAGCAGGAAAUCCUAAAGGAGCAUGGUAAUGAUCAGGAUAAAUGUUUUGAACAUAUGAUGAAACAUUACGAUGAUCUGAAAAAAUCCAAACCAGAUGGCUAUAAAAAAAUGGAGGAAUGUUUCCAUAAAAAUGUCAAAUAUGAGGAUGUUGAUAAAUGUCAUUAAAUUAUAUCAUCAUUUUUUGUUGAAGAUAAUUAAAAUUGAUUAAAUUGUAAUUUUUAAUUAAUGUAUUUUUUAG